AUGCUCUUCGACACAGGCAAGAUUAAGAUCCGCUCAAAGCAAGGUCAGGCAUCACUAUCAUGGGCCGCCAUGAAUGGGUACGAGGCAAUCGUCAAAUUACUCCUCGAGACUGGCGAGGUUGAAAUCGACUCGAAAGAUAAUGAUGGAUGUACGCCACUUCUAUUGGCAGUCUUGUGUAAUAGGGAGGCAGUCGUCAAGAUGCUCCUGGACACCGGCAAGGUUGAUGUCGACUCAAAGGAUAAUCACGGCCAAACGCCAUUCUCUUAUGCAGCCAUGAGUAAGAACGAGACACUUAUCCAGAUUCUCCUGGACACCGGCAAGGUUGAUGUCGACUCAAAGGAUAACGACGGCCGAACGCCACUUUCACAUGCGGCUUGGUAUGGAAGAGAGGCAGUCAUCAAGCUGCUCCUCGACACCGACAAAGUUGACGUCGACUCGAAGGAUAACAACGGCCGAACGCCACUAUCAUGGGCCGCCGAGAGCGGAAAUGAGGCAGUUGUCAAAAUGCUUGUCGACACCGGCAAGGUUGAGAUCGACUCAAAGGAUAUUGAUGGCCAAACGCCACUAUACUGGGCCGCCGAGAGUGGAAGUAAAACAACCGUCAAGUUGCUUCUUAGUAGAGGGUGCGCUCCAAUCUACUUAAGCGAUAACUCUGGCCAAACGCCCCUAUCUUGGGCCGCGAUGGAAGAGGAAGUAAAGCGGUCCUGCUACUCUUGA